UCAGUCCUCUGCCUGCAUCCGAAAAGAUAGAAAAAAGCUCCUCACAAACGUCGACGCGUUUAUGACUUAACGAUUGACCAGAAUUCAAAGGGCGAAUCAUUCUCACGGUAUUUGGUUGUUCCUGAGCUGAUCACAUAAUUUUGAAUUGGUUUUUUCGGUCCAACGUUGAUGCCGUUGUAGUGAUUUCGUAACCAGUGUUAAUCAAGAAAAAUUUUACAGAUGGCAAGAGUCAUGGAUAAUCGUCCCGCAGACGGCAAGACCAAUUUCUCCACUUCAUACAUCCGAGAACAGCCGCUUCAGGUGUCUAGUGCUCCGGUUGGGGAAAUUCCGCCGGCAUUUGCGGAUUUGAACCAAAGCAUUAGAGACCUGUUCACAAAAAAUUACCAUAUCGGUUUCGCGAAAGUCGACAUAAAAACCGUCACCGCCAAUGGCGUCCAAAUCCGUGGUAUCGGACAGCAGGACAUUGGGUCGGAAGCUCCGCGUGCCUUUGGCUCUCUGGAGCACAAAUACGUCCAGCGCAGUUACGGGCUGACACUAAUUGAAAGAUGGUCCACGGACAACAUGGUCACAAUGGAGGCCUCAGUGGAGGACAAAUUUCUUGCCGGAGCCAAAGCCACCUUCUUGGCCGGUCUCUCUGCGCAGACCGGCAAACGCAACGCUGCACUCAAGUUCGCCUACAAGCGACCGUUCAUCCACCUGACGACGGACGUGGAUCUGGACUUUGCCGGUCCCGUUGUCCGCUCAUCCGCGGUAUCCUCGUAUAACGGCGUGCGCAUUGGCGGGAAUGUCGUGGUGGACACGGCCAAAUCGGCCAUCACCCGCUACAAUCUGGCGCUGGGCAUGGGCGGACCGCGCUACACACUGCACGCCGGUACUACCCAUUUCCGCGACUUCGAGAUGGGCGUAUACAACCGCGUGGAUCCCAAUCUGGAGGUGGGAUUCCAGUCCAACUUCUCCACAACGGGAGGAAAUACGCUGCUGGCUUUGGGAGCCAAGUACGACAUUGAUCCGACGGCCUCGGUGAAGGCCAAGCUGGACACGGUGGGACAGCUGGGCGUCAGCUACACUCAGGAGCUGCGCAAAGGCGUCAAAUUGACCCUGUCCACGUUGAUUAACGGAGCCAAUCUGUCAGGAGGUGGACAUCGCUACGGCUUCGGUUUGGAAGUGGACGUUUGAGCUAUUCACUGCAACGCUCGAUUCAGUUAUGAUGUUGUGUUUGUCAUUAUGCGUACUGUACACGGGCUUUGAUCAUUUGGAGUGUUACUAGCAUUCUGGCAGUUAUCGGGUGUGGACAGUGUGUCGUGGGAAUUGAAAUCCCCUUCUGGCUCUUAUUUGUCAUUAAUUGUUUGAUUGGUUUGAAUUUGUUCUUUUGUUUUAUCGUGAAUAUCUAUAAAGCCGGCAUUUUACAAA